CAUGUGAACUUUGGCUCGGCCGGGUCUUUGAUGAACAACAUGCAUUUUAGGCGGCCGCAAUUGGGCUGUGAAAUAUCCCCGUUCGAUGUAUUUAAGAAAUAAUAGCAAUAGACUCGGGAAAGAAGUAAAAGGAGCACAGAAGGGCACUGGUGUUGCAGGCAAAUCCCAAUUGUCUCGAUUGUUCAUAAUCUGACAAAGUCAAGCAGAACAAAAAGUAGGUCAAAUAAGAGGGAAGAUCUUAGGAAUCAAGAUAAAUUUCAUCAAACAGCAGGGGAAAAGGAAGGAUUUGGAAAAAAAAUAUUGAAUAAAAAUGCAGGUAAUGAACAGACUUAGGCAGCUGGAUGCCUAUCCAAAGAUCAAUGAGGAUUUUUACAGCAGGACUCUAUCAGGCGGCGUCAUUACCCUCGUCUCCUCCAUAAUGAUGGUCCUGCUUUUCUUAUCCGAGUUGGCAAUGUUCCUCCAUCCCGUGACUGAGAGUGAGCUUAUUGUUGAUACAUCAAGGGGAGAGACUCUUCAAAUCAAUUUUGAUGUGACAUUCCCAGCACUGGCCUGUUCUAUUCUUAGUCUGGAUGCCAUGGACAUCAGUGGGGAGCAGCACCUCGAUGUGAAACACAAUAUUAUCAAGAAAAGAAUUGAUUCGCAUGGAAAUGUCAUUGAGACAAGGCCUGAUGGAAUUGGUGCACCAGUGAUUGAGAAGCCACUUCAGAAGCAUGGAGGCAGAUUGGAGCAUAAUGAGACUUAUUGUGGGUCUUGCUUUGGGGCAGAACAGUUAGAUGAUGAAUGUUGCAAUAACUGUGAGGAAGUCCGUGAAGCAUAUCGUAAGAAGGGCUGGGCAAUGACAAAUCCUGAUUUGAUCGAUCAGUGUAAAAGAGAAGGCUUCCUUCAAAAGAUUAAAGAGGAAGAAGGUGAAGGAUGUAACAUAUAUGGGUAUCUUGAGGUGAACAAAGUGGCUGGCAAUUUCCAUUUUGCUCCAGGCAAAAGUUUCCAGCAUUCAAAUAUGCAUGUACAUGAUCUCUUGGCAUUUCAAAAGGAGAGCUUCAAUGUCAGUCAUAAAAUAGAUAAAUUGAGUUUUGGAGCACAUUUCCCUGGAGUUAUAAAUCCUCUUGAUGGAGUAGAACAAGGACAACAAACUGCCACUGGCAUGUACCAGUAUUUUAUUAAGGUGGUCCCAACUGUCUAUACUGAUAUAAGAGGGAAUAAGAUCUUGACUAAUCAGUUCUCAGUGACUGAACACUUCAAAGCCGCAGAAAUUGGAUUAAGCCGGUCCCUUCCUGGCGUGUUUUUCUUUUAUGAUCUUUCCCCAAUAAAGGUUCAGUUCACGGAACAAAGGACCCCAUUUUUGCAUUUCCUAACAAAUGUUUGUGCUAUUGUUGGAGGCAUCUUCACAGUUUCAGGGAUUAUAGAUUCAUUUAUUUACCAUGGUCACCGUGCAAUCAAGAAGAAAGUUGAAAUCGGGAAGUUCAGCUGAAAUCAAGAAGAAAGUUGAAAUCGGGGAGUUCAACAUUCUAGAAAACACAUUGUUGGGUGGCAUUUGCAAGAAAGAUGUUAACCUUGCAAUUAAGGAUUUGAUAAAUUUACAUGUAAUUCCUCAGAUGGGGCUGGAAGAUGCCUUUCAUUUUAGUGAAACUGUGAGGUAUUCAGGCCUUCAUUUUUCUUAACUGAGUAUUUGUAGCCUGCAAAGUGGAAAUGAGAAUUGUUGAAGAUGAACGAGGUUUUAUUGCUGGAAUUGGGUUGGAGCUCUCAACUAAUUUAUAUUGGCAGAGUGAAUUCAGAUGUAGCUCGACUGUUUUUAUGUGUAUUUUAGUAAUUAGUUUUUUCAUUUUUCAUCAAACAGUCAGUGAUCUAAUCUGUCUUUUGAGGCAAUUUGGUCCAGGCAUCCAUGCUCUUUGUUGUGUUAUUUAUUUGCAAAUAAGAUAAAUUAGACUGGUGAAAGUUUCUUGGUCGUAA